CUUCGCACAAUAAUAUAUGUAGAUCAAUAAUUUAUUUGAAAAAAAUAAUAUUUCAUCUCUCUGUUCAUUUCUUUAAUUUAGGAAAAAUCUAAAUCAUCCACUACUAUAAUCCCUACCGUUCAUUCGUCUCCAAAUAAAUGAAUAUCCUAUACCUAACUCUCUAAUUCCUCUCUCGGCCAAAUGGAGCCUUUUAAUCUUCCUUCUCAUCACCGCCUCCUCUUAUUUCUGCUUCUCUUCUUUUGGGGUCUUCUUUUGGGGACUUUAAAUCUUCUUUUUAGUUCGUGCCUUUUCAUUUGAGGCAAAUAGUGCAGUGAUUGACUACAAGGAAGAGGGCGAAUGGCAAGUUAUUCGGGUGACCGUAUGGGAAUGGCGGCGUUGAUGGAGAUAAGAUGUUAUUGACCCAUAUCGCACAACCCCGAUCAAGCCUGGUCUGCGUCUUUGGCAUGUGUCGCCAGUCACUAAUCUCGCUCUCAUUCAAGAUCCAGAUUGUACAAGUCUCCAGAGAAUAGAUUUACCUCUUUACGGUGGGUUAAUCAUUUUAGUAGAUUUGAGAUUUGUGUAGAUCUAGUCUCUGAUUUUUUGGAUGUUUUUUUUUUAUUUUUGGAUUCUUAGAUUUUGAUGAGGUGCUAGCAGCUCAACAACAUUUCCUUCUCCUCCCUCAUAUGUAGCCAUCACCGGCGCCACCGGAUCCAGAUCGUCGUUUGUACUCUUCUUCACCUUCCUACAUCAAGGUGGCGAAUCUCCUCAGAUAUUUGCAGUAACAAUCAACGUUGAUCGAGUCUCUGACACCGACACCCCAUCCUUCGUCGUUGGAUUCCUCUUCUCGUCUUAGCAGUCGACUAUGUCACGAGAGAGGAAGAACAAUGGCGUGGAGGAGAUGAUUAGCUUAGUUAAUGUAGUAGAAGCAAUGUAUUCUUUAUGUAUUGGUUGUAUUUAUGUUUUUAUGAGCAAUGUAUUCAUGUAUUUUAAAAAUAAGUGUUAGCGAACUAACCACUUGGCCCCAAUAACUCGAGUUGUUGGGAACGGGAUAGUUAAGCCUUUUAACCUCUUAUACGCCCCUUCAAACGAAAGCCAAUGCCGAAUUGUGGAUUUUUUUACGGUUUGCACAGGUUGAACCCUUGUGCUGCCAAACCACGAGGCUUUAGUUUGCACAGGUUGGACAUACCAUUCCUUGUGCUAAACGAAUUGGCAUGAAAUGGGGGUCGUUAUGAGGAUUCGAAACCAUGACCUUUUGGUUCUUGGCUUUGAUACCAUGUUAGCGAACUAACCACCUGUUAGCGAACUAACCACUUGACCCCAAUAACUCGAGUUGUUGGAAAAGGGAUAGUUAAGCCUUUUUAACCUCUUAUACGCCCCCUCAAACGAAAGCCUACCUUUGUCGGGGUUUUUUUAUACGUUUUGCACAGGUUGAACGUCUCAUUCCUAGUGCUGCCAAACCCAUUAGGCUUUCAGUUUGUACAGGUUGGACAUACCAUUCCUUGUACUAAACCAUUGUUUGCUUAAAUUGGGGGUCGUCAUGAGGAUUCGAAACCAUGACCUUUCGGUUCUAGGCUCUAAUACCAUGUUAGCGAACUAACCACUUGGCCCCAAUAACUCGAGUUGUUGGGAAAGGGAUAGUUAAGCCUUUUAACCUCUUAUAAUAAGUGUAAUAAAAAUUUAUUAAUAAAAUUUGAAUUGUUGUUUGUCUUUAUAAAAUUGAAUGGUGUGGGUGCUCUUUAUAUUCCACGAAAGAAAAUUGUCAACUCGAAAGCAAAUUAAAAUUGAAUCAAAAUGAUGAAAGUUGAAUUAGGAUAGAAGCAAAAUUAUUUGCUUUCAAAACAAAUAUUAAUGUUACGAUAAGGUAUUCUAAACACAAAUAUAAUUGUCUUCAAAUCUAGUAAUAGGAACAAAAACAUUUCUCUCUAAAACCAAAUAAGAAUAUGAAAAUAGGGUUUUAAAGUGGAAUUGCAAUAAAAAAAAUUGACUGACAUUCCUCAAUUACAAACAAAUAUUAUUUGCAUAUGUAUUUGCUUCUAAAAAGAAUUAGAGACAGAGGCGUCCAAUUUAGAUAAACUAUUUGCUUCCAAAGAUAUAUAGAAACAAAUAAAUGGGUUUUAGACGCAAAUAACCUCUGCAUCUAUAGCCAUGUUUUCUUGUAGUGCAGCUUUUUCUGAUAAAUAGCUCUAUUAAUUAAAAUGAUAGAAAGAAAAGAAAUACAAAGCAUGCAAUCUGCUGUAGAAACUCCAAAUACAAACAAAAGAAACAGGCAAGCAACAUAUGUCUGGAAACACGAGCAAAUAAUAACUUUUCCAAUACCCCUACCACUAUGAAAUCCUACCAAAUCAGUCCUAAUCACUCUGCUACACUAAUCACACAAAUGGCAUACAACCCUGUUACUUUGUAUCUCUUCAAUCUAUAUAAGUGAAUCGUCAUGUAACAUCUCCAUUAUCAUUAUUCUUAUUUGCUAACACAAGAAGGCAAGAUAGAAAAUGCUAGAGUAACAUUAAACGAUCUUUUCAAAAUAAUGGACCAUGGUUCCCCGGUAACGGCGCCAAAAACUUGAAUCACCACAGAUACACCGCGAAUUAAUCCCGACUAGAGCUCAAGAAUAAACUCUAUUUGGGUGCAAUAUAGAGCGAGUAUGUUUUAAUUGUCAAACCCGAGCGGAUCCAUGUACCCCUACUUCAAUCGCUUAGUUUUUAUCUAGCAAAAGUUUUUGGGUUUAGAACUAAGAAGCCUACAAAUGAAUACAAGCAAGUAAAGUAAAUCGAGGUUGUCCCAAUGAGAUAAGAGUUCACCCGGGUAUUGCUCCCCCUAGCUAAAAAUUACGACUUGUUAGAUCGAAUGGUCGUGUGUGGUGAGGGGGUUGUAAACGGUAGGGAAGUGCAACAAGUAGCCAAGUGCAUUAACCUAGAUAGGAGACAAUGGAUUGCCUAAGAAAACCAAGUAUUCAAGCUUUUUCAAAGAAAGGAAGGGGGUUUUCUCUCUACCUAGGUUAGAAUGGCAAUUAGAUUGAUAGGCUUUCACACAACACAAUCAUUCAUGAAUAAUACCUCACAUUCACAUUAAAAAAAAUGACACACAAAUCAUUCAAUCCAUACAAACAUUCACAUAAUUGUAGCUAGGGUAAAAUACCCAAGUAAAUAGGUAGGCUAUUCCAUAGCUAGGCAAAGGAAAACAAGGAAAAGGAGAGAAAGAACCAUGAAGAGAUGAAAAUCUUUCCUCCUUGUUGCUUGAAUCUCCCUUGAGAAGAAGAAACCUUCACUCCUCUAGCUUGAAAUGAGCCCAAUCUCCUUCUUCCUCCUUUGAAAGACCCUUUUCUCUCUCUAGAAUAGGGAGAGGGAACCCUAAUCUCUCACUAGAAACCCUCCUUUAUUCUGAAACUAAAACCCUAGAAAAAGCUCCCCAUCUCACUUCCCUUUUAUACCCAGAUCGGGCUUAGAUCACAGUCCCAGUUCACGGUCGUGAACUGAAAGCACGGAUUGUGAUCUCAUGGCAAACGCGCCGCAUCACUUAGUCGAGUUCACGGGCAAUGGCCAGAGUUCACAGUCUUACAACCGUGAACUGACUUGAGUCCAAUGAGACUGAAAUCUGCUCUGGACCCUCCACACUUCACGAUUUUCACUUUUUCACGCUUUUCGACUCCCAAUCGACCCGAAACUUGUCUUCAACCUUCCCACACGUGCUAGGACCUGAAAUAUAACAAAACAAGCACAACCUAGCGUAAAAUAGGUCGAGAGACGAUGAAAUGCAAAGUUAAGCUAUCAAGUAAUGAGGGUAAAAAUGUGUGCAUUUAGACCCGAAUCACAUCAACCGAUACUUUCACUAAUGUUCCGACUUUUGCUCAGUUCUGCAACUAAAUACUUGAAGCACUCCCUUGCGCAAAAUGGAGAGUUGAAAUUCUAGUCCUGUCAGUAUGGAUCUAUGAACUAUAUAACCUAACCAAAUCAUUAAGUUGAUUAUAUUGGUUUAAUGUUGAGUAGGAUAAUCAAAGGCUAUUUUCAUGAACACAUUGGUAUAGUUAUGGUCUGUGGCACAAAACUUGGAAACUCUUAAGAAACAGAUUUAGUGGAAUCAAGUAAAGUUUUCUAACCUAGUUUUUAGUAAAUGUAAUAGCUUCAAACAACAAGAGAAUACCUCCCUUGAACAUAUCUCUAAGCUUUAGUCCACCAUCAAUCAAUAAAAUGCUCGUUAUGCAACCUCUGACCCAAACCUAAAUGACCCAAAUGAGCAACCUCUGGAUUUGAAGGAAGAUAAUAGUGUCACACCUUUUUGAUUUGACAAGAGAUGGCGGUUUAUCGAUUGCCAUACUCAAAUCGUGUAGAAGAUUUGGGAAGAGGAAGGGGACAUGAGCUCAAAGUUACAGAGUUGUGGUAAUGAGCUAAGUGUUUAGGCUAAGGAAGAUCGACGAACUAAAGUCAAGAGGGAGACUAAGAUCAAGACGAGGCUUCUCCAGCUACAGGUUGUGGAUGGAGAGGGCUCGCUUAGGGAUGGACAAAUGUUGCUUACUAAGGAACUACAUGUUCUUUGGGAAAAGGAAGAUGAAUUCCGGGCACAGACAUCCAGAUUGAAUUGGUUAUAAGAAGGUGACCAGAACUCAUCUUUCUUUCAUGUCUCAACUAUUAAAAGGAGAAAUAAAACCGCAUUCUGAGACUUAAGAAUGAUCAAGGAGAUUGGAUUGAUGAUCAUGCAACUCUUAGAGGCCUUGCUUCGAGCUUCUACCAGGAUUUGUUUACAGAUAAAGACCUUUCCUCCCUCUAUUUCAACCUUGAAGGUUUUCCUAGAAUGGUGAGUCCAUAAAUGAAUGUCUCACUCAUUGCGCCCUUGACUAAUGAUGAGAUUCGUAGAGCAGUUUCUGAUUUGGCAUCGUAUAAAGCGAUAGGAUCUGACGGUUUUCCAGGCUUGUUUUUCAGACGUUACUGGGAGUUAUGUGAGAAGCAGUUCUUCGAAGAAAUCAAUUGCUUCUUCAUGGAUGGCAUUUUGCAGCCAGGAUGGAAUGAUACUUUUAUCACCAUCAUCCCAAAGGUUCUUAAUUCGGAGUCAUUUGGUCACUUUCUCCCUAUUAGCUGUUGCAACUUGAAAAAUAAAGUUAUUACGAAGAUAAUGACUACAAGACUUCAAGUUUGGCUUUCAUCCUAGAUUUCUGAACUGUAGUCAGCUUUUACAGGGGGGGGGGGAGACAGAUUCAGGUCAAUACUAUUAUUGUGCAUGAAGUCCUCAACCACUUCAAAAAACAUAAAAUAGGAAAGAGGAAAUAUAUGAUGCUGAAACUUUAUAUGUAGACAACAUAUGAUCUUGUCGAGUGGGAAUGCAUGAUCAACAUUCUCAAGGCCUACGGUUUUGACUCUACUUGGUGCGAUUGGGUUAGAACUUGCAUUUCUACUGUGAGUUUCAGGGUUCUCUUCAAUGGAAUGCCAUCUGAAGCAUUCUCUCCUUCGAGGGGAAUUCGACAGGAAGACCUUCUCUUCUCUCCCCCCUCAUGUUCAUUCUCACGACGAAUGCUCUCUCCUUUUUUUAUCGAGAAGUCAUGUUUUACCAACCUCAUUAAAGGCCUUAAGCUCAAUAGCAGGUGCCCUCACCUUAUCCACUGCCUUUUUGCUGAUGAUGCUGGCUUUUUUGGGGAGGCCUCACGAGAGGAAGCUUCUCAUUUGAUGGAGAUUGUUCAGGAUUAUUGAGCCCUCAUGGGCAGGAGAUUAAUAAAGCCAAGUCAUCAGUUUUCUUUAGCUUCAAUGUGCUCGAAGCCAAGAGACAUGCCAUCACAAGUUUGCUUGGGUUCGAGAACGAGAUUUGCCACUCCAAGUACCUUGGAGUCCCUACUUCCUGGGGCAGAUAAGAAAAGAAACCUUUAAGUUCCUGAUUGAUAAGAUGGAAUCCUAAGGAGAAAAUUGGAAAACCUUGCUUCUUUCACAGGAGGAAAAGAGGUUCUUCUCACAUCCAUCUUUCAAUCUAUCCCAUCCUACUUGAUGUGUAUUUUUCAUGUUCUCGCAAUCUACUACUAAUAAGAUGGAUAGCAUGCUCAAGAGGCUUUUCUAGUCAGGAUCAACAACGAAGGAAACCAUACACUAGAGAGCUGGGAAUGUCCUCUAUGCCCCCUAAAGAUGAAGGUGGCUUGGGUUUCAGGCCUUUUUAGUUUUUCAAUCUCGCUUUGCUUGCAAAGCAAGCAUGGAGGAUCAUUUCAUCUCCUAAUGCUUUAUGGGUUAAGCUUCUUAAGGGUCUCUACUUUUCUAAGGCUGAGUUCAGAGAAACCCGAAAUGGAUGUCGAGCUUCAUGGAUUUGGGUAAGUAUCUAUGAUGUAAGGAAGUGGAUGGGGUAUGAUCUAGUUAAGGUUGUUGGGAAUAGCAGGAAUACUAGAAUCUUCAAUGAGCCCGGGUUCCCAACCAGAAAUGAUGGGAGCAUUGUAAGCCUUGUCAAUGAUAUGAGGAGGGUUUGCGAUCUUGUCAAUUAGAGUAGUAAUGACUGAGAUUUUUUAGGAACACUCGGUGGAAGAUUAGCAGGCUAUUCGCAUGAUCCUGAUUGGUUCCCAGAAUAUGGAUGACUUCUGGGUGUAGUGCUUUACGGCAAAUGGGGAUUUCUCGAUUCAUUCUGCCUUUCAUGCUUUCCAUGAUUCUCAUCGGAGGGGAUUGGCGGAGAACUCUCAUGUGCCCCAGCCUAAUCAGGAGAAAUGAAAAUGGAUUUGGAGCCUUUCCUUACCACCCAAGGUUAAACUUUUCGUAUGGAAAGCAUCUCGGAGAGCUCUGGCAACCAAAUCGAAUCUCUUCUCCCAAGAAUGUCUUGUCUGGUCUCAUGAGGAGGAGUCCAUCCACCAUGUUCUCUGCGAAUGUGGUCAUGUAAAGGAGGCCUGACUUCACCUUGCUCUUGAGUUUUCCCUUCCUCCCACUUCGUGUUCAGUUGUUGACUGGCUUUUGGCUGUAGGGAAGGCCUGUGUUCAUCAUUUUGCGCAUAAGCUGGCUUACCAUCUUUGGAAUACUUGGAAGUAGGGGUGGGUGUUCGGUCAGUUCGGUUUGAACUGAACCAAACCAGGACAUGCCGAUUUUCCGAAGUGACCAGCACCCCAACCGAAUUAUAGCUCGGGUUGGUUUUAAUGCCCAGAACCAAAAUGUUCAGCUGCUGCCCAUUUUUACCUGCUGUCUUCUUGUCUGUUUCGCUGGAACUGGAAAUUUAGCAUGGGGCUGGCUAAUCACUGUUGCAAUUUUUUUAUACUUUUCCACCUGCCAUUUCACAUGUCUAUCAAAUACAAUGAAUUAAAAUGGGAACUUGUACAUCGGCGAAAGAUUCAGUGGCGCCCGGAGGAGACUCGGCGGCCGGCGGGUGCUUGCCUGGGUCUGGGUCACUGGGUGGGAUUGCGGGAGGCGGAGAGGCAGAGACUGGUGCCUGGUGGCGAGCAGCGAGGGUGAGGUUCGAGUCGAGAGGAAGACGAAGUAGCCUCUCUCAGGUCGGGCCGUCGACAUCGCCGUGCUCGGGCAUUGGAGGUGGAAAUCUAAUCGGCAUUCGGUGCAAGUGCGUCGGAUAGUUCCCCUUCCCUUUCCCUUUGCCGCGAUUCUUCCUUUCCUUCCUCAGUUCCCCUUCCCUUUCCCUUUGCCGCGAUUUCGUCAAUUGGAUAGGCCGCUAGGCGGCAGGCGCUAGGGUUAGGUCGCAGACGACUGUGGGUCGAGUUGUUGAAGUCUGAAGAGGCCACCAGCCCACCAGACGCAGCAGAUGGCAGCAAGCAGGGAGCAGGCCCAGUCGCCCAGGCCAUGAUGGGAAGCCCAAUCCAAUUUGUUGGACUGGCGCGGAGUGGGCUGAAAAAAGAAGGCUGGGCCGCGAGUAUUGGGCUGGGAUUCAUGCAGUGGGUUUAUAUUUUCGGAAUUUCGGGUCGGUUCAAACGAACCUGAUUUCCGAAAUUUCCCCUAUUUACAUCCGAAUUUCGAACCUAAUUACAAGUAUUUAGGUUUCGAUCGGUUUUUAUUCGAUUCGGUUUGGUAAAACCGAACCUAAUGCCCAUCCCUACUUGGAAGGCUCGAAAUGAAAAGGUCUUCAGGAAUCUCACCCCCUAGCCCCUCGAACUUGCUCUACUUUUGUGCAAGAUUUUCAACUCUGGAAAACUUGCCCGAAGAAGAACAAGGAGGGAAACCCUGUCUCAAGCUAGCCUAUCCCAGCCCCAUCUCAUUCUGCACCACCGCCAAGUAAUCUCAACUUUGAGAUUCACUGUGAUGGAUCGUUUUUCAUUACUAACACCCAUGGUGAAGUGUGUGAUUGGAUGGCUGACCCCCUACUCUGCAACUCAGCUUUGGAAGCGGAAGCGAGGGGCAUUACAUGAAGGAUGCUUGCUUGCAAUGGACCUCCAUAGUCCAUGCAUGAUCCGUAAUGACUAUAAAGUUUUGGUGGACUUUGUUCGAGGUCCAAGGAAGAAUUGGCCUUGGGUGAUUAUGGUGAGGCUUGAUAGUAUCACCCCUCUGCUUCGGCAAGCACCAUUGGUUGGUCUCUCCUUUGUGCGUCGUGCAUGCAAUGUCUGAGGCAACUGGGUUGCUCGUUCAUGUGCAAAACAGCAUCUUCCUGAGGGUUGGAUCACCAUCCUUAGGCCUCGUUUGGAACCUCCGAUUCCAGACGUUGUAUUCUCAGUAUACAUGUAUUCUAUAGAAUACAACAUUUUUUGACUUGAUGUAAUAACAAAAUGCAUGUAUUCAUAGUCCAUGUUGUAUUCCUAAUACAUAGAAAAUGAUGUAUAGUGAAUCUUACCUUUUUGGUGAGAUUUUAGUAUCCAUAAUUCAUUUAAACUAUAAUCCAUGCAUUCUUUUAUGGUUUCCAAACAAUGAAUUUUCAAACCCACAUUUUCUUAGCAUGCACAUAAUGUUUAAUACACAUUCUGGUAAUACAUCAUUUCCAAAAUCAAAGGUUUCCCUUAAUGUAAUCUCCCUACACUUUGUAAUCGUGUUUGAGUUUUUGGUAUGUACCCUUUGUUUGGGAAGAGGUGCAAGAGGAGGGGUGUAUUUUAUGGGGGGUAAAUGACAUUACCGAGAUAAUUGCACCUGUUUGGUUAAAAUUGAAUAGUGGCAGGGGUGGAGAAAGUAGUGGCAAAUUUACUAUUCCACUUCUCUCCAAAUCCAGGUGCAAAGGAGGAGAUGAGUGAGGUUUGAUUAUCAUAUUAGAAGGAAGGGUGAGCUUUUUGGUUGCGAGGGAGAGAAUGGUGGGCCAUAGAGAGUGAGCACGUUGGAAAUGGGUGGGUUUUGAGUUUAUUUUAUUUGUUGUAUAUAUAUAUUUUAAUUAUGAUAAUUAUUAUAUUCAUAUUUAUGUUUUACCAACACAAUUUGCACCCACUUACUUUAUCUACCAAACAACAAUUUGCACCUCAAUUUACACUCACUUAUAAUUUGCUCCCUCCUAUAAUUUACACCUCAACUUGCACCCUGGAAAAUGCACCCCCGAUUGCCAAACAUAGUGUAGAGUCUUUUGAAAAAAAAAAAAAACUAACUGACUAACGGACCCGUCAAGUCAACUGUCCGUUUAACGUCUAGAGAAUAACGCCAUUUGCUACAGAAGGAGGGAAAAUGAAAAUAAAUGGAUUGUUCAAAGUUCAAACACAAGCAAUUACGCACAGUUUCCCCCCGAUUUCAUUUUAUUGCCGCGAGAGAGACAGCCAGGCAAACGCCCACUAUUCUCUUCGUCUCUGCCUUUCCAUCUCCCUCCUCCCUCCGAUCCCCUCUUUCUUCCAGAUUUGUCUCCUCCGUCGUCAUCGUGGCCGCUUGCCCGGUGGUGGCUCGAUUCGUCGUCGCGGCUCUCUCAAUCCUGACCGGAAAUCAAUCGACCGGAACCCUAGGUUUCGGGACUGUUUGAGCCGAGCGGAGUGAUUGGUAGAUUAUCUUUGGAUGCUUUUUGCUCGGAAGAACUUUAUUUAGGUUCUCUUCAUAGAUAACUGCAGGCUGAUUUGGGUGCUUUCAGGGAGCUGCAGAUUUCCCGUUUGAUGAGGUGAUUUUGUAAUACUUUUUCGUGCGUUUGAAUCUGUUUUGAUCCUCUCUGCAGUUUUUGAUUUUGUUUAUUGCAUAAUAAGAAGCCAUUGAACUUAUUAGGUUGUGAGCUGAGUGGCGGACGGGUUGCGGUUAAGUGAUUCAGCGUUCUUUAAUGGCAAAAGUGGCGCCGCCUGCUUCUUUACCUCCCAAUUCUCUGCAAAUUGGCGGGGGUCCUUUAAAUGUUGGUCCGAUGGCCAAGAGGAAGACGCCGUCUGACCUCAGACGAGAGCAGUUGAGGAGGACAAGUAUAGAUGAGCUUAUGGGGGAAUCUAAGCUAUCUAUGCCUGGGAAAACGAACAACACUGGCGAGGCAGAGAAUGGGGUUAAGAAACCUGAUGUGUUCAGGAAUCCAAAGUAUAUUCAUACUCGCCUGGAUGAAGUGUAUCCCAUUAAAAAGUCGAGAUUGGGGAUCCUCCCUGUGAAAGAGAAAGUAAAGGAAGACAAAUCAACCGAGCAACUUGAAAGUCUGAAGAAUCUUCCCAUUCUUACCAAUUUGGCACCCGAGAAGCGAGAAACCUGCUCGGAGAAACUUGUAGCUCAUGUGGAUGUCUCAACAGAUUGUAGCACAAAAGCUCACAAAACAAUUGAAAAAUGUAGUCAAAAUAUAUUUCGUACAGUUGCUGAGCUUUCGACUUAUGGGAAACAAUCCUCAGGCCUUGCAGUUGUUGACAUGGAUAAGGCCUUGAAAGGAUUGGCUGCUUGUGAACCCGCAAGCCAUUCACGUUUAAAUACUGAUACCACUGGGAAAUCAGGCCAUUACUCUGACAAUUUCUGCUCAGAGUGCUGCAUACCUGGCAAGAAACCUCCACUCGAUUUUACUUUGAAAACAAAAAUGCGACUGUUGUGUGCUUGCUCAGUGAGUGGGUUUCACAGGUCAAUCUUGUCUAGCACAUACAGAACCACUCCACAGUUCAUUUUUCAACAGGGCUGUGCUGAAGAAAGCUGUGGCCCAUUACAAACCCUGAAUUCCCAAUUGUGUAACCCUAAAUCUCUGCAUUCUUGGGUUUAUCCACAAUCUACAUUACCACCUGCUGUCAUUUCAGUAUUGUCUUCAUCAGCUGCAGAGGGAGAUUUUCUAAGGAAACGGCAAGUGGCUUGGGCGGAUUCGUUUCGGAGUCUCUAUUACUUGCUUCGCAAGAACAUUUGCAGCAUUUUUUAUGUUUGUACUUCACACUUUGUGGUUAUGUUCACCAAUGGUGGAGGCUCGGGGUGCAGCGCCUACAUCUCGCAAUCAACUAUAAAUCUCCGGUCUUUGUUAAGAGAACAUGAUGUGUGCUUCUCUAUGCCACUUUGCCAUUCCAAAGUGGAGCAAGUUGCCACUGAACAUCUGGUUGAGCUAGCAGCAAUUCGGAGGGAAAACUUGGGCCAGGUUCGGAAUCCUAGUUCCUUGGACAAUGUUGAUAAUACCCCAGAAUCCUUACUGGCCUUCAAGGAAAAUAUACAUGUACAGGGACUCUAUGAUUUCCUCUUAAAUUACAGAUCCUCCCUGACUCUCUUGUCUGGAGUGGACGUUCCAGUACUGUAUUCACCUAUUCCAUUUCCAAACGCUGCCCUUUCUGCUCCAGAAAUAAGUUGUGUGGAUAUGAAGAGAGCUGACCAUGCUGAAGCUUCCCCUAAAGAUGGCUCAUCUGUCACUCUCAGCUCAAUUAUUGAAGUAAAGGGAACAUUUAUCCCGCCAUGGAUUGUUAGCCGCAUUUGUGCCCUGAUGAGCUGUGAGGCAACGAACUUCGAGGCAAGCUUUGCUACAGAACCCACUUCGAUCGGCUUGAAUGUUGCGAUUAAGAAUUUUGAUGAGAAAUCCAACUCUGUUGUGGAAACAGUACAAGAAAGUGGUAGCAGUGCUUUAGGCUUGUCCGAAGCAAUUGUUGCUCCUUGCUUGAGCUCAGGCUUUUAACAGGAUUGAAGUAUAGGGAUAAUUCUUACAUAGCCUCUCUCUCACCAGCAUGAGAGGUGUCCUUUUAAACACUACUGGUCUUCACCUUUUUGCCUGUUUAGAAUUGAAUCAACCCAUCUCCUUUCUUUUAGCCUUUGCAAUUUAUUUUCAUAUUUGCAGCUACUAGCUGCCAUAAACAUGGACAAAGCAAGAGGAAUUUGAAGUAAAACAGAGAACACAAUUGUUGUUUCCAGUUCUUUGGUUUUGGUCUCAUGAAGCUUAGGUAAGACACGGAUUGGUGCAAAUGCAAGUCAAUCUCUUUUGAUUUUCUGGCCUGGCUUUGCUCCAGGGUGUAAUUAUCUUUUUGUCUAAUCAAUAUAUGAUGAUCUU